CCCCUUUUUUAAGGGUUUAUGAAACUAUUUUUUAAAAGCCUCUAAUGAUUAAAAAUAUAUCUUUUGUUCUUCCGUGGUUUUCUUAUGUGAAAAAAGUAUUUGGAAAUCUGUACUGAAGAGGCAUUGUUUUACUUUGCAUCUGCGCGUGUGCUGACUGCUGAGUCAAUUUGGCUAGCAUUCUUAUGUGAAGUAUAAAUGUAUAAUUCUAUAUUAAUAUGUCUUUUAAUCGGAUUACCGGGUUAGAUUCCUUCAUGUUUAGUUAAAACAGUAUACUAUAUGCAUUAUUGCAGCUUGUUUAGUUUAUCAGGAAAUGAUUGAAUGGGGUGUUUAUAUUUUCAUUGUUUGGCCUUUAUUGAUGAUCAAAUGAAUACUUUUGUUCUUCCAAGAUAACCACAUGCGGAAAAGCUUUUUUGGAGACAUGAACUAAAGAGGCUUUUCAGUUUUUUGUUUUUGUGUAAAUGUUCAAUCCCGGCAUUGAUUUUACUGACUUCUAUGGUUGCCAUUGUUGAAGUAUUGAAGUUAAUCUAUUGGAAAUAAUAUUUGAAUGUUGCAUUUUGGUGUGUUUUAGUGAUUUACUUGCGUCUCUCGAUGCUUGAGUGCGUUUGAGUAGCAUAGUUUAUUGUGCACUUGCUUAAUGAUUGAUGAUGGAGAUUCACUGCCUAACUAGGCUCCCCUUAUCAGGGGAGGGUAUUUUUGAUAAAUGUAUUUAUGGGUUUGUGGCUUUUGUGCUAUAUGAAUUAGAUUUUUCUUGUUGGCCUCUAAUGAUGAUGAAAGUUGUAACUUUUGUUCUUAGAUUUUCACGCAGAAGCUUUAGGGAGACUUGAACUGAAGUGGCUUUAGGUGCUACUCAAUUGUUUUUAUUUUUUAUGUUUUAGUCUGAAUGUUAAGUAUAAGAACGUUGUGGGGCCUUGGUGAUUCAUUAAUGAUUUAAGGUUUCCUUGAUUGCAAUGUAAUGGAUUAUAAAUUUUAAUAUUGUGUGCCUCUUGUGAUGUUAAAAUAUGACCUUUUAUCACCUGAGAUUUUAAUGUUGAAGGACUUUGGUAGCUGAAGAGGCUUUUGUUAUUCUGUAGAUGCAUUUGAGUAACCCUUCAUUGCAAAGAAUCAUUUGGUCUAUUUUUCUGAAUUAAGUGGUAAGUAAUUGUUGGCUUAGGUACAGGGUGGAGUUUCAUUUCUUAAUGUGGUUCAUGUGAAGAAAUAAAUGAUAGUCCUAUGUUAGGCGUUUCAUGGAAGUGUUAACCCCUUGUAACUAGGGAUGACAAUAGCCGUUGAUCUAGAUUUUUUUUAGAUGAGAUAGAUUUAGGUUGUGUCUCCGUUUUUAUAUCAAUUUGAAAUAUAACUAAAUUUCAAUGUCAAGCUUGGUUGAAUCUCUCUUUCUCCUCACUCUUCUCUACUUUGCUCUUAAAAAAGAUAUGAGAUACUAUUCUUGCAAGUUAUGUCGCUUUAGUCUCAUCUCAUUUUUUUACCGCGAAGAUCACUUAUGAUCCAGUUUUUGUUCACCGCAAUUCAUCAGCGCGUCUCAACUUCUCUUUUUAUCUCUCUUUCGUUCCUUCCUUGGCUUUUGAGAAGAGAUUUUUGAUGAACAAACAAUGGCUAAUGCUGAUGGUGGUUCUAAUAACCCUUUUGAAGAACCAUUUGAGCAAUAUGAAUCAAAUGGAGAGUUCAAAGGCGCUGAAGUUGCGUAUGAAUCAGAUAAUACCAAGUACCAAACCAAGCCAAUUAGUGUUAAAAGCAAGAGACUUACUUCAGAAGCAUGGUUGUAUUUUGACAUUGUUCAAAUGAAUGGUAUACAAAUGGCAAAAUGUAGGAAUUGUAAGAAAACACUUUCAUAUAAAGGGAAUAGUGGAACUUCACACCUUCUUAAACAUUGCAAAAGAACAUGUCCAAGUAGACAUUUGAACCUUGCGGCUAGCGAGUCACAAUUGAAAUUAAAAACUCAAGUUGAUGGAUCCACUUCACACCUUAAACAUUCCAAAAAAACACGUACACAUACACAUUUGAACCUUGCGGCUAGUCAAUCACUAUUGAAAAUAAAAAGUGAUGUUGAUGGAUCUAAUGCUUUGGUACUUGAGGAAAAGCCAAAGAAAGUGAUUUUUGAUCAAGAAUUUUCAGAGAAAGAGUUAGUUAAAAUGGUGGUGAUUCAUGAGUAUCCUUUGUCAAUUGUGGAUCACAUUGGUUUUAGAAGUUUUGUUAAGAGUUUAAAUGAUAACUUCAAGAUGAUUUCAAGGAACACAUUGAGGAGUGAUGUGUUGAAAUUGUACAACGCACAGAGGAGUUCUCUCAAAGUUUUGCUAGAGCGUAAUGAGGGUAGAGUGGCUAUAACAAUUGAAAUGUGGACCAAUUCUGACCAAAAUAAGGGGUAUAUGGCUGUAACGUCGCAUUUCAUUGAUGAACAGUGGAUUUUACGUAAUAGAACAUUAAGGUUUUGUUAUGUGCCACGUCUACAUGCCAAAGGGGUUCUUGCAAAGAUACUAUUGAAUUGUUUAUCUCAAUACACGUUGGAAAAUAAAAUAUCUUCAAUGGUUGUUGAUAAUUCUUUGACUAGUGAUGCAAUGAUGAAUGUCUUAGUGGAUAAUUUGGAAGGUAAUUGUUUAGUGUUAGGUGGAGCUUUUUUGCAUAUGAGGUGUAGUGCUCAUAUUUUGAGCAUGAUUGUGAAAGAUGGUUUGGAAGUAAUUGAUCACGCAAUUGGAAAAAUUCGAGAGUGUGUUGAAUUUUGGAUGUCUACUCCUAAUAGAAUUGAAAAAUUUGAAAAAGCUUGUCGCCUUUUGAAUGUGACUAAAUCUAGAAGGAUGUGUCUUGAUUGUACAAGUAGUUGGGACUCCACUUACUUGAUGAUUGAAUCUAGUUUGCCUUUUAAGGAUGUUUUUUAUAAGUUGAAAUGUUUAUAUAAAAGGCUGAAUUUUGACGUUCCUAGUGAUGAUGAUUGGGCUAUGGCUACUAUUGUUUGUCAAAAGUUGGAAACUUUUUACAAGGCGUUUAAGGUUUUUUCUGCUAGAAACCAUCCAACUUCAAAUUUGUAUUUUCGAAAUGUUUGUGAGAUUAAACUUGCUUUGAGCCGUUGGAUGCAAAAUGACAAUAUUGAGGUUGUGAGGGACAUGGCCAAGAGUAUGCUUGAAAAGUUUGACAAAUAUUGGAAUCAUGUCAAUGAACUUUUGGCCAUCGCGGGCAUUUUAGAUCCAAGAAACAAGAUGGAUUGUGUGGUUCAUUAUUUUAAGAAAUUGUAUGGAGAUAGCGCCGAUGGUGAAUUGGCAAGAGUAAGGAAUACUCUUGAUAAUCUUUUCAUUGAGUACCAACGUAAAAGUAAUUUGGUGAAUGGGAAAUUACCAUCAAAAAGAGGGUUUGAGGAUAAUAUUGAUGAGGAUGAAUUUGCUAGAGCAAAGAGGCAAAAAUAUGGAUUUGUCUCGGUGGUUGAGGAGUAUAGUGAUGAGGAUGAUUUUGCUAGAACAAAGAGGCAAAAUAUUAGACUUGUGCCCGUGAAAAGUGAGGUUGAUCAAUACUUGGAAAGUGCUACUUUACCGGAGGAUAAUGAAUUUGAUAUUCUUGCAUGGUGGAAGAACAACCAAAACUACCCAACUUUGCGAAGAAUUGCCAAGGACAUCCUUGCAAUUCCAGUUGCAUCGGUUAAUUUGAAAAAUGCAUUUAGCAUGAAUGGACGUGUAGUUAGCGCUCAUCGUUCUAGACUUCAUUCUGAAACUUUGGAGGCUUUAAUGUGCUUGCAGCAUUGGAUGGUUGAUGAUGUUAAAGGAACUUUUGAAGGUACUCUUGCUUAUUCAACUAUCAAUGAAGAUUGUGAUGAUGUGGAAGUGGCGGAUAUUCUUGAUGUGGAUAUAGACGAUAUUAGUGUGGAGCAGUGAUGAGGAUUAGAGAUUAGCAAAUUAGCAAUAUAAGGAGGCGAACGGAUAUUUGGCAUGUAGAACAAUCAUGGACCUGAUGGUCUGAGUUUCCAUUACGAUGGUUACCGAUUCUGAUGAGCAUGCUAACCAGGAGAUUUACACCCAAGCUGGUUUUGGGUUCGAACUUGGGAGUUUUAUCCCUGUACUUAUUUUGGUGAAAUGAUGGGUUGCGUACCGUGCUAAUUCAUCACUGAAAACCCUCCCCAAAAGGCACAUAGAUCAUGUUUUGUAUUUGAUGGUAAAAUUUGUUGGUGCUUAAGGGUACUUGUAAUGUUAUCUCAAUUGGUUAGCUUGGCUCCGUUUAUUUUGAAAUUAUUAUUGUUAACUUGGCAAGUGCUCGGUAAAAAUGGUUACAUGAAUUCGAUCGAAAAACCUUCAUUGUGAUCAGGGUUAUUAGGAUUAGGAUUCUACCUAGGAUCGUUGAGGGGGUAGAAUUAAAAUCGGUUAAAUCGGAUCGUAGGAUCGUGUGAUUCUACAAAUAUGCAAUAAUGUGCAUUGGAUCACUGAUUAUUAAUUGUAUUUGUCUCUUUUUAAGUUUUAAGGUGUAGGUAAAAUUUUAUUUUUACUUUAUC